UUGGGAGUCACAAAAGUUUAGUCUUUACUUUAGUCUCUACAGAGAAUCGAUCGACUACGGUUUAUUUUCGAUUGCUUAUUACCAGUGUAAUUUAAAAAAAAAGUAAAUAACUUGAAAGAGAACAAAAUAAAUGUAUUGAUUAGUGUAACAUUUUGUAAACUUAAACAAUUCUACAAACUUUAAAAGAUUAAUAUUUUGCUAUUUAAACUUUAUUAUACUAAGAAAUAAUAAUUAAAAUAUAACCAAAUUUAAACUUAUACAAUCAACAAUAUCCAGCACACACAUGCAACCAGUUUUAUGAAAACAUAUUUUUGUGCCCAAAUUCACUUUCAAGGGUAAAUCAUAAGCCGAGGCGGACAAUAAUAACAACUCGUGAUAGAAAUAAAAAUUAAAAUAAAAGGCAGGAACAAUGACUCAGAUGCUUCAACGAAUCAUUGUAGCUUUUUUAGCUUUAACCUUGCAUUUUGAAUACUUCACAUUGGCUGGUUGUCUAUCUGAUGCCGACGAAAUUAAUUAUCCAAACUCUAUUCGAUCAAAUCUCUACAGAGGACAACAACAAUUCACUGUGUCAAUGCUUGAUGCUAUAAACAAAGCAACACCAAACGAGAACUUAUUUUUCUCACCCUACAGUACGUACCAUUCACUUUUGCUUGCAUAUUUUGGAGCACGAAAUGAAACUGAGGCUGAACUCAUCGAAGCUCUCAAUCUCCAAUGGGCAAAGAAUAAAGACCAUGUCAGGCAAGCUUAUCGUAUAGAAAAAACACUGCGUGCCCUUCGCUCUAAUAUAAGUAAUAUCGAGUUUGCAUCUGCAGACAAGAUUUUCUUCUCUAAAGAAGCCACACUUAACGAAUGCAUGCGUGAUGUUCUUUUUGAACUUGAAACAAUGGAUUUCCGCUCAGAUCCAGAACAAUGCAGAUUGCAAAUAAAUAAUUGGGUAUCAGAAGUGACUAAAAACGAAAUUCCUGAAAUUCUCAAUGCUGGCGAUAUUGACACGGAAACGAAUUUGGUUCUUGCAAAUGCUGCAUACUUCAAGGGACAAUGGGAAUCAAAGUUCGACGCGAACGACACCACACAGGAAGUAUUUUAUACUUCAUCCAAUAAACAAACCUUCGUUGAUAUGAUGCACAAAAAUGGAACAUAUGCUUUGUCCGUAGAUGAACGCCUUCGAGCACAUGUUCUUGAAAUGCCAUACCUAAGUGACAAAAAAGGAGGUGUCUCAAUGGUAAUAAUCCUUCCCCCUUUCACACCAAAUAGUUUGGACGAUGUUUUGGAGAGGCUUACGCCAGAAACCUUGAACUUGGCCUUAAAAGAGGGUAUGGCUCGUGAAAUUGAAAUCUCUUUGCCAAAAUUCGAAUUCGAACAGAAUUUGGAGUUAUUACCGAUCCUCAAUAAAAUGGGCAUAAACCAACUCUUUACAUCUAAAGCUGAUCUCAGUGGAUUCUCAAUGGACAAACAACUUUCACUAGGAGACGCAAAGCAUGUUGCCAAAAUAAAGGUUGAUGAAGAAGGAAGUACGGCUGCAGCUGCCACAGUACUAUUUAGUUUUCGAUCUGCUCGUCCACUUGAGCCAACAAAAUUCGAGUGCAAUCAUCCAUUUUUAUUCCUGAUAUAUGAUCACAAGACACAAGCCAUUCUUUUUACCGGAAUAUACCGUGAUCCCAUAACAGAAAAAUAAGGAUCUAGUAUUCUGCCUUUUAUUUAGUUUGAUUUAAGUUACAUUUCGAGUAGAAUGUUAAAGAAUUAUCGUUCACUCGCUGUAUAAAGAUUUUUUAAGGAACUUGGUUGUUCUAAUUUAUUCCAUUUAAAUUUACACCUGUAUAAAAUAAAAAUCCUUUUACUUCUUUCUCGUAA